AUGUAUCUCCGUGGUGUCCACGCGGAAUCUAACAUCCCAACCCUCCACUCAUUCAUCGAGAACAACCCUCUCGGGAUCUUCACAACUGCCAUUCCAUCAUCCACCUACCCAUUCAUUCAAUCAAGCCACAUCCCCUGGGUGCUCGAUGUAUCUGAAUCCAGUAAUGACUCCCCUGGUGUUCUCCGCGGCCACAUCGCCAAGCAGAACCCCCAAGCCAAAGCGAUAAUCGAGUCCGUCAAGAGCACGAACCCUGGUGCCUCUGGCGGCGUGCAACUCGAAGAUGAAGUCCUGGUGCUGUUCAACGGACCAGCCCACCACUACGUCACUCCGAAAUUCUACACCGAGACGAAGCCGGCCACCGGCAAGGUCGUCCCCACUUGGGAUUACUCCGCUGUGCAGGCGUACGGCAAGGCGACUAUCUAUUUUGAUGGUGGCGAGGAGGCCACGCAGUUCUUGUCGAGCCAGAUCGAUGCUCUGUCUCGUCAUGCGGAAUCGUCUAUCAUGGGGUACACUGGACAGGACGGUCAACAAGGCCCCUGGACGGUGGAUGACGCGCCAGAUAGGUAUAUUGCCCUCUUGCAGAAGGCGAUUGUGGGGAUCCGUAUUGAUCUUACGAGACUCGAGGGGAAGUUUAAGAUGAGUCAGGAGAUGGGUGCGGGUGAUCGUGCGGGUGUCGCCCAGGGAUUUCAGAAUCUGGGUACGGAGACAGGCAAAGAGAUGGCUCAAUGUGUGCUGGAGAGGGAGAAGAUUGCGAUGAAGGGGAAGUGA